AAGAAAAAAAUUCGUUAUAGCAUCUUAUUUGGAUCUUUCUUUCAAUUAUUGAUCUCAAGUUCCAAUUCCGUCGACCUUUUCUGGAUUCCAAAACACUUAAUCAUCCUUCCAAUUGUAACCAACUAUGCUAUAUUCAUAUGAAAAUCAACUCUAAAUCCUUGAAACUUGUGGUCAAAUCAAUGGAGAUCGUCACUGGAGAUCGUUAUCUUGAAUCUCUAGUCAAAUUCGUGCAGAAAAAUGCUAGCGGAUUAAUCGAAGGAACCCUAAUUUUGAAAGUGAAUCCAGUUGGUCUUCACUAUGUUCAAUCCAGGCUUGAAGCGCUUGGAGAAUUGGAGAGAUUGAUAUCCGGAGCUCCGGUUGAUUAUCUUCGGGCAUAUGUUUCGGAUCUUGGUGAUCAUCGAGCUUUGGAGCAACUACGGAGGAUUCUUUGUCGUCUCACAUCCAUGAAAAUUGUGUCAGUUUUGCCUCAUCCUUCUAGGGAUCCUACACCAUUGUCGUUGCUUCCUUUUGGAAGAUUGAAGGUUUUGGAGAUUCGUGGUUGUGAUCUUUCUACCUCUGCUGCUAAAGGUUUACUUGAGUUGCGACAUACUUUGGAGAAGCUUAUUUGUCACAAUUCCACUGAUGCAUUACGUCAUGUGUUUGCUAGUCGAAUUGCUGACAUCAAAGAAUCCCCACAGUGGAAUCGACUGUGUUCUGUAUCCUGUGCGUGCAACAGUUUGAUUCUAAUGGAUGAGUCAAUUCAGCUCCUUCCAGCUGUUGAAACCCUUGAUCUUAGCCGAAACAAGUUUGCAAAAGUUGAUAAUCUCCGGAAGUGCUCGAGAUUGACACACUUGGAUCUUGGAUUUAAUCAGCUUCGAUCAGUUGCUUCAUUUUCUGAGGUUACGUGCCAUAUAUCUAAACUUGUUUUGAGGAAUAAUGCAUUGACUACAUUACGAGGGAUUGAGAACUUGAAAUCUAUUGAAGGACUUGAUGUCUCUUACAACAUCAUCUCAAACUAUGUAGAGCUAGAGGUCCUUUCAAGCCUUCCUGCCUUAAGGAAUAUUUGGCUUGAAGGGAAUCCUCUUUGUUGUGCUCGAUGGUAUCGGCCACUUGUUUUUAGCUUUUUCCGUCACCCUGAAGAGGUAAAAUUGGAUGACAAAGAAAUGAGCACAAGAGAAUUUUGGAAGAGACAGAUAAUUAUUGCUAGAAGGCACAGUCGGCCAGCAAGUUAUGGAUUUUACUUUCCUGCUAGGGAAGACAAUGAAGUGGAAGAAGGGUUUAUAAAUGGAAAAAGGAAAAAAUUCUCUCGCCUUGCUUGCAUUGAAAGUGAAGAGCCUGGGAUGAGCAUGUUCUUUGAGCAAGAUUCAUGUGAUGAUGAUCGACAAGGCGGGGAGGAGGAUCUGUCUGAUAAGGAAGGUGAACUAACUAGUUUGAUAAACAGAAUUGAGUUUAUGAAGAAGGAACGAUCCAAAUUGUGGUUGGAGGAAUUUAAGGAUUGGAUGGAUCAGGGCUCUGAGAAUUGGGUUGAUGAAGGUAAGAUUGCAACUCUGUCUUUUGGUAACAGCAAUCUGGGAGACACAUCUAAAUGGAGACAUGUUGGAGCAAGCUCAAAAUACUUGGAAUCUGUAUCGGACUCCUUUAUGAAUUCAGGAGAUGAUAGGAGUUCAAAUGCUCAGGAAACUAAUAGCUCCUUUGCAAGUUCUGCAGCAGGCAAUCAUUGUUGUCAAUUGCUUCAGUUUGCUUCUGAAAACGGGGAAACAAAGUCCCAAAUUCUUGCAAGGGCUCUAGAUGGAGAUCCUUCAAAGCUUUAUUUUGCUAAAGGGAAAAUAUAUCGGCAAUUAGCAGAUUUUAACUCUGCUGCUGCUAGUACCAGUGCAAAAGAUGGUGAUGAGGAAAAGGAUGAUGUCAGUAGUAGACCCUUGACUGCCACUAAAAGUAUUGAGGAGUUAGCGCCUUCCUCUGGACCCCGAUUAUCACCUCCGCACUAUGAGGAGGACAUUCUGUAUCGCCGCCACUAUAUGGAGGAAGAAUUUUUACUGGCGUCUGCUGAUUCAUUGUCUGGUGCUUCCUCUGAUAGCAAUACUAGCUGUGAUGAACAGGAUGGAUGUGAAGUACCAUUUUCCAAAUAUGAACAAUUCACUGAUGAAGAAGUUUUGGCUUGGGAUAUUAAUGGGAAAUAUAGCCCUCUCCUAGUCGCAAAGGGUGACAAUGGAUUUCAUGUUCCCGAGAUAGUACAAGGAUUGGGUUCCCUAGAUUUUUGUACACAGCUACCCAUUACGGAACUUGGUGAGAACGACAAUUCUUUAGAAAUGUUUUGCGGCAAUGAACAUACUGGAAACAAUGAUGAAGAUGCUAUCACUUCCCACAAGCUAGAUGCUGAUUCUUACGGGAAGAACUUUAAACGGAAGCCAAAAAAAAGAGUUGUUUCUCUGUCAGAUAGCACGAGUUGCUGCAGUGAUGAUGUAAAAUACGGGCAACAGAAGCAGACUACAAAUAGUAUUCAUCACCCUGGAAAAGCUUGUGGAAAGGUGAAUGCAGAACUAAUGAAUGACGAGGCUGGUGCAGAUGACAACAUUGAAAAUUACUUCAAUUCAUUUGUUGCGGACUCUACUAAUCAUGAGACAUGCAAGCAGUACAUGAUGUGCAAUUAUGUAGAUGGCAGGCAGCCAAUUCUGAGGGAAAGACAGGUAGCUGUUGUUCUGAGUAGUCAAUGGAAGUUGUAUGCUAUUCUUCUUAAUGGCGAGCUAAAUGGGUCAGGCAAUACCAUGCGUUUAUUGGCCUCGCACAAGGUUGAAGAUAUGAAUGAGGUUUUGAUUGGGUUGGGACUUCUUGUUAUCUGGGUCUAUGUUAAUGAGGAUACAAAAUAUCUUUUGAUUACAAGAUGCAAAGAGAAAACAAGGAAUUUACUGUUUAUGAUGGGGAUCAUUUCACACCGAGAAAGAAAUAAAUGUUCUGUUAGGAGUUUGGAUCAGGCUCAACUGAAUUCUUUUGGUAGACAAAUAGGAGACAGCUGGGGAAUCAAUGUUUAUCAUUACUGUAUGGUGCUUUUCUGCCACAAUAACAAUGAAGAAGAAGAAUGGGUAUCUAGAUCACUUUUUGUGAAUGGUGGACAUCUUUUUGUAUGCAUUGAGGAUAUUGUGCACUUCAGUUCACUUUCAGCUAAUGCAGAUGCUGCGUCGUAUUUCUUGCUCGAUACACGCUGCUCCAUUGCUAACGUCUGCGAGAUGGUGAUUGAAGCGAAAUCGAACGAAUGUCAAUGUUUGACCUUGACUGUUCGAGAAGAUUGUAACGUGUUCUGCUUAUCAUCUAUAGCUGUCAAGAUGAAACAGAAAAUCGGGUUUCAGAAUGGAAGUCCUGCUACGAGAGUCGAGACAUGGAAGUUGAAAUGGUUUUCUGCAGAAAGCGUACGCCAGUUUGUCACAUUGCUUAUGGCAAUUCACGAAGGAUCGACUGGAUAUAGUAUGUCCGUUACCUAUAUUACAUAGAAGGUACAUUGGUUUAUUGUUCAUUGCUCUUCCUCCUUUAAUUCGUUCUUUUAAAAGGAUUUAUAUUCCUUUUCAUGUAAAAUAUUACGUUUGCUCGAGAAAUGUUGAUGAACGACAUCAUCAAUUCAUUA